UCUCGCCGAGGCCCGGUGACAUCUCUUCUGUCUUGUUUGCAGAGGUUUUCUUCCAGGCCACGAUUAUGAGUGAUCAAAUCCAGUUCAUUGUUGAGAAGCUCAAUGAGGAGCCCUUCAGGAAGAACUACAACUUAAUCACGUUUGACUCCUUAGAGUCAACGCAGCUGUUGCAGCUGCUCAAUGAUGUUCUGGGGGAGAUUGACCCGAAGCAUGCUGUUGACAUUAGAGAGGAGCUGCCGGAACAAACAGCUAAAAGAAUGCUGAAUCUUUUUGGUAUCCUUAAGUACAAACCUCCAGGAAGUACAGCAGACUUGAGUGCAUUCCGCCAAGGGUUAGUUACUGGAAGCAAACCUGUAAUUCAUCCCCUCUUACAUUGGCUUCUUCAGAGGACCAAUGAACUCAAGAAAAGAGCUUACCUGGCACGUUUCUUAGUGAAAUUGUCAGUGCCAGCAGAGUUUCUACAGGAUGAUACUGUGGCUGACACCAACAAACAGUAUGAAGAACUGAUGGAAUUGUUUAAAAACCUACAUAAGGAGUGCGAGCACCUCAAAACAUCUGGUUUAUCUACUGCAGAAAUAAGAAGGGACAUCAGUGCAAUGGAAGAGGAGAAAGAUCAACUCGUCAAAAGAGUAGAGCGUUUUAAGAAGAGGGUGGAGACAGUACAAAAUCAUCAACGAAUGCUUGAAAUAGCAAGACAGCUUCGCUUAGAAAAAGAGAGAGAAGAAUCUUUGGCUCAACAGAAACAAGAACAAAAAACUCAGUUGUUCCAUGCAGAGCAGAGACUGCAAAGAGCACACCUCCAGCUGAAAGAGAUGCAGCAUGCGGUGGUGGAUUCAAAACCUGAAAGUUUAAUGAAGAAACUAGAAGAGGAGAUAAAUUUCAAUUCAUACCUGGUUACAGAAAAAAUACCUAGAGAGCUUGCAAUUAAGAAGAAUGCAGCAUAUUUCUUACAAAAGGUGGUUGCAGAGCCAGCUAUGAGUCAAUCUGAUCUCGAUACACUUGAAACCAAGAUAAAUGAAGUAAACACAGAAAUUAAUCAGCUUAUUGAGAAAAGAAUAAUGCAGCAUGAGCCAAUCGAUAGUAAAUUUUCCUUGUAUCGCCAACAGGCAUCUAUCAUUUCCCGGAAAAAGGAAGCCAAGGCAGAAGAACUUCAGGCUGCGAAGGAAGAGAUGUCGAGCACUGAGAGGCAGAUGCUGCAGAAGAGCGAGCUGGAAGGCUCUGAAGUUCUGAAAGGGGAUGAGUUGCUUGAGAAGGAAAAGCUUAGUAGUGGACAUAGCCUUGAAUGGUACAUGGCUGUGGGCACUGACAGAUCCAUGGGAAUUCUGGAGGUCGAGCCCGCUGAGUUUCUGCGCAGGGAGCAGUUCACCGGGUCUAUGGGAAAAUGCCGCUGCUCAGAGAUGGAUUCCUUUUG